CACAGGGCGGGUCGAUUCCUGUUACUUUAAAGAGAGGUUCCGAAUAAGGGAAAUAUGAUCGGGGAAACUUCAGCGCGUGAGGGCGACAUGAUGUUUUAUUACCCCGUCAUGUGACAAGCAUCAUCCAAUCAGUCACGCUGUAAUAAAGAUGAGACCUGUGACUUUAUCCAAAGUGUCGACCAAUCACGAUCAAGCUAGAAAGAAGUAAUACGAAUGGAAAUUUCCAGUGUGCCACAGUUUGUUUUCUGUGCCAAGGUUUAUAUAGAGUAGACUUCGUCUGUCUCCUCAUAACUACCAGCCGACACAGGGCUGGUCGAUUCCUGUUACUUUAAAGAAGCAGAGAAAAAUACCGAAGAAGAUGGGAACAAACCGUGACAUCCCUGCUAUAGAUAUACUAACAAGAUUUUCACGAGAGUGGGGUGGCAUUGCCCGACCACCUGCCAAAGCAUCAAUUGAUGGCCUACAACAGUACCGGUCACGUAUGAGUGACGUCACUACAAGGACUCAAGCUGGCGUUACAAGCGUUCAAGACUACGUGGAUGACGUCGGCAAAGAACUAACUUCAUUAAGUGGCCAGGUGAAAACAUCGUUGGUAGAUAACGUUCAGAUCAUGACUGGGCUAAUCAAUAAAUUUGUCCCCGAAAAGAAACAAGAUGAGAUUCGGUAUGCAGGAUAUAGUACUGAGAAUCCGUACAAUGGUGAAAGUUUUUAUGCAUCAUCACGGAUGAAUGAUAAUGAAAUGAUUGCAAGACAAGCUGAAGAAAAAGCCAAACUGAUUGCACAACAGCAAAAGCUAGCACUGUUCCUGGAAGAAAUGAAACACACCUGCGAAAAAGUAAGAUCUCAUGACGGGAUAGACACAGAGGACAUUAGACGGUUGAAAAGUCACUUGAAAAAUUAUGAUGAUACGUUAGAAACUGAAAAGGAGCGUCAAGAUAGGGAAGAUAAACAGAAAAAAGAAAGAGAAAGAAGGGAAAGGAAGGAGAAAGAACGCAAAAAAGAGGAAGAACGACGAAGAAAUCCAAAAAAUUGGAAACCUCUUGUGUUGACUGACACACCUGAGGGAGAUAUGUUUGCUAACACUGACGUGCUGUGUGUGGUGUAUGCCAUGCAGGGGAGUUUUGAUCACUCAUCACUUCAGUGUGACAACAUGGAAGGACUGACCUCAGACUGGUUUUACAUACCGUACGAGCAGCAGGCGUCGUGUCCUAUGUUGGUCAAAAACAACGGAAAUGGCUCUCUCGAUCUUAAGGUGCCCAUGGAGGUGUACGUGCCAUAUUCAAUCAGCAAGGAUAAAUACGAACCAGAAAUCAAGAUCUCAAUCGACAAUGGAACAUGGAAGUACCCAGAAAAACUUAACAGUCGAAAAAUAGAUGCAUUUCCGGAAGGCGUGAAUUAUAUUGGGACUACGGUUCAGAAUUUCAAAUCAUUCCGACUCAUUGUUGUUGCUGUGCCGAAGAAAAAAGAAAUAGUAGUGGACAAAAACGGAAUUUCCUUCCAGGAGGAUUGCGCGCAUUUUCAAAUUCCCCCAGAAUUCGGAAAGGACAAGAUCAAGUUUGGGGCCUGGACAGACAAUGACCAGGAAAAGAAUGUCAAAAACUUACUGGGCGCACAAGUGCGUAUUGAAGUGGACUGUAUGGAACCAACAACAAAGGACAUCGAUGUCAAAAUAUUCCCCGAACAACUUUCAUCCCACUGCAAGGAACGGAAAGCGAUGGGGGCGGCUGUCAACCAGUAUUUCACAUCGAACAAAGAUCUUUCUAACUUUCGGUUGGAUCCCUUUCUUCAACAUUUACAGACAGAUGGGGUGAUAACCACGAAAGAAUCCAACAAUAACAAGAAUCAAAAGACGAAAGACAAAAAGAUUAAACAUCUGCUGGAGCUGCUGCUUGACAAACCGUCUGCUGCUGAAAAAGUACUGAUGUGCCUUGACAAGUCAGGAAAUGACGGCGUAGCGGAUGAAAUCCGUGAACUGGUCAAGGAAAUUCGUGGAACCCGUGUAGUAGAAGAACAAUGGCAGUCAGUGAUGGUUUACCGUGCGGAUGGCGGAAACUGGGAAGUCCUGGAUCCAAAAUUGGCUGCAAAGCUCAAUAAGAAUUUAGAGUGCACGUUGAGUGCAGGAAAGAGACACUUUGAUCUGGUGUCACUUACGGUCUCUGGUGACUCGUCAGAGACAGAUAUUAAAGGAAUUGCCGACGAGUUUGGAAAAGGAAUGUUUGGGACAACGGUAACUCUCGUCUGCAGACAGAAAGAAGAUGAUUACCAGGCCGAAACGUUCAUACAUGUACUUCCAACGGAGCAAGCACCAAAGGAAAUCAGUCGACUGAAGGAGCAAGGCUACACGCGAGGUCCAAUGGAGCUAGCUGACUUCACUGUCAUGGAUGGAGACAUCGUCGAUUUAUACAUGUCGGGCAACAUUGGUCUUCAACACAAUGGUAGACGAAUUCUGCAAGGAGAGGUGGUGAAAUUCCCCUUCAAAACCCAAAAGGACAUUUGCAAAGUGAACUGUAGUAUAUAUGUCGUAGACAAGACAUGUCCGGAACAGAUGGAUGACGACUGCUACCGAGGUCUACUGCAUUACCGUGUCAAGGCCAGGAAACCUCUAGAGGAGAGGACUGACUCCGUGGAAGUUGUCUGGAUGAAGCCGACACAGCGGUACCUGUCGCACCUGUCAGUGAAUGGGGACAUCCAAGCACUCACGAAAUUCAUCGGUUCAAAGACGACCAACAGACAGGAAAUGCAUAGCAUAUUUACUCAGAUGGAUACACCAAAUGAAGUGAAAGAAAUAGAGACGCGCGUGGAGAAACAAUGCAAGAAUGACACGGACAGUGUCAGAUUCGCGACAACAUUAUACAUAUGGGCAAACCAGAACCAGGAUGAAAAGCAGAAGAAGCUUGAGAAAAUGCUACAUGCUGUCAGACAAUAUCCUUGGUGUAAAGAAGCUCGUCAGUUGGUGACGCUGUACAUGGAUACAGGUGUAUUUUCUGAGGUGUCACUCCUAAGUAUGUCGAAGAUGCUUGGACCGGAAUGGAAGGACUUGGCGAUUGCUCUCAAGCUACCCGAGGCGCAGGUCGACUAUAUCAGGAACAUGAAGCUGAGUGAACAAGACGCGAAGGGGAAGAUGCUGGAUAAAUACCGACUGUCCGACUACGCCAUCAGACUCGGAGACAGACUACCAGGCGAAUUCUUACAGACUCUUCAGCAAUGCAAAUGUAGUGCUGAACUUCUUGCUUACGUGAAAAUGAAAGUAAAGUAAAACUGUUUUGACAUUGUAUCAUGCCGUAUACGUGUGUAACAGCACGGACUGUAAAUCACAAUACAUGUGCAGUAUAUUACAUAUAUAGUAGGUUCAUGUUUGGGUGUAUGACGAUCAUGCGUGUUAAACUGUUGUAUUGAGAUAUUUAGAUAUUGCCUCUAUACCAAUAACCAAUUAUUUUUUUUAAUGUUUUUCACUAUUGAAAUGUUAAAUGGAAACAUUAAAUUUGUAUCACCACAUAUUAACCACAGAAGGGUAAACCUCGUUACAUAUAUAUAGUAUGAAAUCUGUUACUUGUAAAUCAUUGAAUUUUGCAACUAUUUGCUUUAUUAUUUAUUGUAUUUGAUAAACGAUUCAUCUGAAUAAAUUUACACAAGAUAAUUAACUUCACGGCAAGGUCAAGUUUCUUCGCCAAAAACGCAAAAAGUCCAUCUACUAAAUCUUACUGAUGAGUUAUAGUAAUACCGUGCAGUCCCGAUUCUCAAUUAAUGUCCAUAGAUUAACAGACAUGCCUACUGACCUACAACCCUAGUUCUCUCAUUAAUGUCUAUAUAUUUAUUAUUUGUACCUCCCUGUCCUAUAAAUGUCUACUGACCUACAACCCUAGUUCUCUCAUUAAUGUCCAUAUUUUUAUUUUUUGUACCUCCCUGUCCUAUAAAUGUCUCCUGACCUACAACCCUAGUUCUCUCAUUAAUGUCCAUAUUUUUAUUUUUUGUACCUCUCUGUCCUAUACAUGUCUACUGACCUACAACCUUAGUUCUCUCAUUAAUGUCCAUAUAUUUAUAGUUUGUACCUCCCUGUCCUAUAAAUGUCUACUGACCUACAACCCUAUUUCUCUCAUUAAUGUCCAUAUAUUUAUUUUUUGUACCUCCCUGUCCUAUAAAUGUCUACUGACCUACAACCCUAGGUCUCUCAUUAAUGUCUAUAUAUUUAUCAUUUGUACCUCCCUGUCCUAUAAAUGUCUACUGACCUACAACCCUAGUUCUCUCAUUAAUGUCUAUAUAUUUAUCAUUUGUACCUCCCUGACCUAUAAAUGUCUCCUGACCUACAACCCUAGUUCUCUCAUUAAUGUCCAUAUUAUUAUUUUUUGUACCUCCCUGUCCUAUAAAUGUCUACUGACCUACAACCCUAGUUCUUUCAUUAAUGUCUAUAUAUUUAUUAUGUGUACCUCCCUGACCUAUACAUGUCAAUUGACCUACAACCCUAGUUCUCCCAUUAAUGUCUAUAAAUGAACAGUUUGUACCUCCCUGUCUUAUAAAUGUCUAUUGACCUAUACUCCAAGGUCUCCCAUAAAUGCAUAUAUAUUUACAGUUUGUACCUAUAUAUCCUGUAAAUGUCUAUUGACUAUCAAUCCUAGUUCUCCUAUAACUACCAACAUUUACACUAUGGACUUAACAGUUCUGUAACUGUACAAGGUUUGACAGUAGGUACCUGCAGUCCUUGUUCUUCAAAAAUGGAGUUCAUACAGGAAUUUCACUAUGAAAUUUAAGGUCUUUAGGGCCUUUUAAAGUAAAAUUAAGGCGUAACAAUUCACACCAUUUUCACAUUCUCAAAAUACAGAGACCUGUAUGUGUAUUCCAGAUUAAUCUAAACUCAUCAUAUAAAUAUAAAAAAAAUCUCACACUGGUCGUAAGUCCGAAAAUCUAGAAGUCAACAUGAUUUUACUUACUUGUAUUUUCUUAAUUCAUUUCUAUCAGAAUUGCAUCACAAAACCACCAAAAUCAAUAUACAAUAAUUGUUUUAUAUCAUAAUCCAUUUCAAGGCUCAUUUUGACCCCUUUAAUGCAUUUUAGUUAAAAGGUGCUUUUAGGACACUUUCAUCAAUUUCAUAGCAUUUGCAAGGCUUGGUCAACCCAUGUAUAAUUGUCAAUUGAUUCAAUUACCCCUGUCUAAUAUUUGUUUUACUUUUGCUAUUUUACUCUUUGAUAUGAACUCAUGUGACCAUAACUUUGAAAUAUUUUAUGUGUUUAUCGAGAUAUUCAAUAUCUGGUGACGGUUUAUUGUGACACAUGUCUAUACAAGCGACAUAAGUAUUUGCUAUUUUUUCCUAUAGAGGAACAUAUUGUCUAUCGUGUAACAAUAUCUUAUACAUAUAGUUAGACUAGAAAACUCAAAGGUCAUAAUUGACAAUUAGCUAACACUUUUUGCCAAUACGUUUGGUGUUUUGUAUAUGUAUUAAUCAGCAAAUAACAGAACAGAUGUUAAUAUAAUACAUGUAAUAACAGACGUGGUGAAUAAUACUACAAAGUGAUUUCGUAUUAAUCAAAGAUUCUUUUACAUUUUUCUCAAUAUCUCUGAUCGUGUUAGAAGAAAACAUCAAUACGUUACAAACAGUAGUUUGCCUCCGUAGCAUAAAUACAUGUAUGUUCCACCAUAUAGAAGAACUAUAUUAUAAUCACAAUCAUUGACGUAAUUGCUUUUAUAUAUUAUAUAAAAGACUAAAAACAUUGUUUGAAUUUGUUUUA